UUAUAAACAGCAACAGCGAUAAUUCCUAAUCGCAAGUGGCUUUCUUCAAUUAAUUACUUUAUUAUUUCACGCAUAAGAAAUAAACAGAAAUUAACUAUGCGCUUUAUAAUAAAUCAAGCUGGUUGUGGGAGCGAGCGCGUGGGUAGUUUGAUAGGAUUUAUGAAAUCACCGAGUACUGUCUUAGAAACACCGACAUCCGCACUUAUCACGCAGAGUGCAAGUGUAGUACAUUUGACUGCAGAAGUACUUGAGAAAGUAUUCCCAAACCCUAAGUUACUGUGGGUGCCAUUGUCUAAAUCCAUCCAUCUUGAAACUGGUCUGAAGGCUCAAGGGGAAGGAGUGGCCAAGUUUGCUGGUGUCACAAACCAUUUCACUUGCACAACAUUCCAGAAUAUUGGUGAAGUUACACCAUCUGGACAUUUUGAGCCUGAUAAAGUGCCACUGUGGUCAAGGAAUGGGAAGAAAAUGAUUUCUGCUGACAGAUAUAUGGAACUGAUGGCAAUUUUCAAAUCAGACAUAAUUUUGGCGAUUGCAGAUGGUCACACCCACCUUGAUGAAGGGAAUAAGAGACUUACCAAAGCUUUGGAUAGGACAUGUAAAAUGUUGGAUGUCUGUGUGGAUCGAUAUAAGGCCUCGAAAGAAUUUCGAAAUAGUGCCCUUAUCGGUGUCAUAGUAGCCUCAGGUUCCGAGAAGAGUUGUGAAGCCUGUAUAAAGCACAUACUCACCCAUAAAGAUACUUUGGGAGGUGUAGCAUUACAAGGGUUGACAGAUGGUACAACAGAAAGCUUGGCACCUCCUGUAGAGAAAUUAGAGGAAAUAUUUAAAAGAGUUAGUGAUGCAAUACCCAAAGACAUGGUCCGAGUUGUAGAAGGUUCAUGGAAUCCAGCUAUAGUAGUAACAGCAAUCCAGCAUGGCUGGGAUGUUUUUGAUGGUUCCUACCCACUGAAAUUGACGAAUUCGGGCCAAGCAUUAGUAUUAAAUUUCGAUGUCAGUCAAAAUAGUGAAGAAUUGUGUAUAUUGGAUAUGGUUGAUGAAGUGUAUAAAGAAGAUUUUCGGCCAUUACUUGCGAACUGCGAGUGCUUAGCUUGUAAAAAACACACAAGAGCCUAUAUUAGGCAUCUUCUUAAUACUAAGGAAAUGUUGGCAUCAGUAUUACUCAGCAUACAUAACCUCCAUCACUUUGACCAGUUAUUCCAUCACGCCCGUCUUCACAUCACAUCGAAUACAUAUGGUGACUUCAAACAGCAUAUUAUAGACCAGUAUGAAAAGUACAAACAAUCUCAACUCAGAAUAAGUGAGAAGAAUGAAGAGGAUGAAGGAAAACAUAAUAAGAAGCGUCGUGUGAAUAAUGGUGAUAUCUUGUAGAUAGUUGGUAGAUUGUAAUUGAUGUAGGUAGUUAGAUUUAGAUCUUGUAGUCACAAUUGAGUGAAGAAUGAUUGCCGAAUGCAAACUGGUAAUAUUUUAAUUAUAAGUAAUUGAUGUAAAAUAUGAUUGUAGAGUGAAGAAAGUUCGUUCCAACAGUAUGUUCAUAUGCACAUUUUUGUGUUUUCAACAUAUCACCAUACAGUUUGACCUGCCUUAUACAAAAUAUAUAUGCUGUGAUUAAUGAUUAAAUCGCUGCAGACAAUAUAAAGUGGAUGAGAAAUGUCAGAAAACGGACUGAGAACACGCAAUGAGGAGAAAUUUCAUACAAUUGCAAUUUCACGCAAAAUCACGCCGUCUUUGUAUAGGUAUAAUAAGAAAUUUUGGUCUCAACACGUUCAAUAUCACUUUUUCGUCGGAAACUAUGAUAAUGUCCAAUUGAAUGUUGAUGCGAUAUGGUGGUUCUUUUCUCAAAAGUUUUUAAAAUUAGUAGAACUGACAUAAUGUACUACUUAGUUGUACUUACAUACAGCUUAUGCCUCAUAUUUUGCCUUGUCUAUAAUGAUUUUGCAUGAUUUUUAAUGUACCUAAUAAGUCGUUAAUCUUAAAUUGUAGUAAGUAUGUUUAAUUUACAAGGUAUAAAUUUACCACAUAUUUGCAACAGAUUAGUUACUCAAAUGGCAGGUUACCAAGUAUUAAUUUUUUUCCACACAAAAUUGGCAAUUGAACGGAAUAAAAGUUGAGCGAUGUUUAAUUUGCAAGACGAAUAAACUUGUUAAUUAACGUUAUUAUAAAUUUUAAAUUACUAAAACAAUUAACUUAAUUAGGAAAAAAUAUUUGUUUACGUAAAACAACUUCUAACGUAUUAUUUAAACCAAAACAAGUAGUUUUAAGAUGCGGUAAUUGAAUUUAGAUUAAUCGGCUGUGUAUUUGUAAAUUAGUUUUAAAUUGUUUAGGGGAAAAUUUAUGACUUGAAUUAACCAAAUAACUGUGUGAAAUGAUGCUGGGAUUAUUGGACAUUAUAUUUCUUUCUCAUAUAAAUUUCCAGAACACUUAUUGAUAGCAUACAUUUAAUAAUGUGUUCUUAUACAAAAAAGUUAUUUACUUUUUUGUAUAAGAACACAUUAUUGUUACUACCUACCUUUGUUAAAUCAUGGCCGUCCUUGCGAAGGGUCAGGUCAAGGCGAACCCUAAAUCUUGCAUAAAAAGGUAAAUGAAUCAAAAUUAAUACACGGAGCAAGUAGAAGGAUGUUGUCCCUGCAUAGAAAGCGUCUCUCAUAGAAAGAGGCGUGAUGUAUAUAUGCACAUAUAUGUAUGUAUGAUGAAUUGGCUUACUCUAGUUUUGAAACUGUCUUGACAACUAUUCAGGAUACAAAUUAAUCCUUUUUUUGUACUGAAAGCAUCUCGUGUCGUAUAGAUUCUGGAGUAUAAUUUUGCACUGUCACCAUAUUCCCAAUUUCUUCCCUACCUCAGCGCAUUCUUAGUUGCAUUCUCAGAUUUCAAUUCUUGGCUUGCUUGAUUUAAAAGGACAGUGUUUUUAAAACAUUGAGCAUGCUUUUAGAAUAACAUGCAUUUAUUAUCAAUCGAUUUUCAAUGCAAUUCCCAAGGUGCCUUGUCUCGGAUAGAAACUAGUUUUUAAAACGACGAAACGAUUCCAUCUCGAAGUAUUAUUGAACAUAUAAAGAUGAGACUGAGAAAAUAUACAUAUAGUUUAAGCCUGACACGGAAAAGUACAAUGUAAACAAUUUAAAUAUUAUAUAACUUAAUAGACUUUAUGUAAAUUAGUACAACCACAUAAGUUGUUAUUGUGCUUAUGAAGUUGUCACCACUUUUGAUAAAAUACAAAUUCCGUAAACUGUG